UUAUUUUUCCACCUUUCAGCAUCACUUAUUCAUGCUGGGAUCUGAAAAUCAAGCUGGUCUCUCCCUGCCUCUCAAUUCACCAGUGAUCAAAAGUUUGCUGAUAGAACCUACGGCCAAAUUCUGCACUCAGUUACAAUGAGUGCAAAAGAAAGGAAAGUACAUGCAUUUGUGCGAGUCAAGCCAACAGCUAAUUUUCCUCAAGACAUGAUCAAGUAUGGGCCAGACAACAAGAGCAUAGAUAUUUACAUCAGGAGAGAUGUUAAGAAAGGAGUCAUCAAUAACAAGCAGACUGAUUGGUCCUUUAAACUGGAUGGUGUUCUUCACAAUGCCUCACAGGAUUCGGUUUAUGAUGCAGUAGCUAGGGAUUUGGUAUCCCAAGCUCUGGAUGGCUAUAAUGGCACUAUAAUGUGCUAUGGGCAAACAGGAGCUGGUAAAACAUACACCAUGACAGGAGCAACUGAAAACUACAAGCAUAGAGGAAUCAUACCCCGAGCUAUACAGCAGGUGUUCAGGGCAGUUGAAGAACGCAUCGAUCAGUCCAUCACUGUCCGAAUGUCCUACCUGGAAAUCUACAACGAGACUCUCUUUGACCUUCUCUCCACUAUGCCUCAUGACAUGUCGGGUGACACUCACAUGGCUGUAGUGGAGUACCCACAGGGUGUCUUUGUGAAGGGCUUAUCUAUGCAUCCAGCCAGCCACGAGGAAGAUGCUUUAAAUCUCCUGUUUGAGGGUGAGACCAACAGAAUAAUAGGUGAACAUACUCUGAAUAAAAAUUCAUCCAGGUCCCAUUGCAUAUUCACUAUCUAUAUUGAGUCUCAUUCCAGAAUUUUAUCAGAUGCCAAAUACACUGCUUCAAAAAUUAACCUAGUGGAUCUGGCAGGUUCAGAGAGACUGGGGAAGACUGGGUCUGAGGGGCAGGUUCUGAAAGAAGCCACAUAUAUCAACAAAUCGUUGUCAUUCCUUGAGCAAGCGAUCAUUGCAUUGGCUGAUCGUAAGAGAGACCAUGUCCCCUUCCGGCAGAGCAAGCUCACCCAUGCCCUUAAAGAUUCAUUAGGAAGGAACCUAACACAGAGGAAGUCACAUUCCUCCCCCUUGCUGCCUUUUUCAGGGGGAAACUGCAAUACAGUCCUGGUGGCAAAUAUCUAUGGUGAAGCUGCUCAGAUAGAGGAGACUCUGUCCUCUCUCCGUUUUGCUACCAGAAUGAAAUGGGUCACAACGGAGCCAGCCAUCAAUGAGAAAUACGACCCAGAGCGGAUGGUCAAGAAUCUGGAGAAGGAGAUUAUUCUUCUGAAGCAGGAACUAGCCAUGCAUGACAGCUUGGUCAACCGCUGUCUGGUGAAUUAUGACCCUCUGAAUGAAAUCCAGAUAGCAGAGAUUAACUCUCAAGUCCGCAGGUACCUAGAAGGAGCCACAGACGAUAUUGAUAUAAUGAACAUCAGGCAAAUCCAAGAGGUAUUUAACCAGUUCAAAGUGAUUUUAAGCCAACAGGAACAGGAAGUGGAAGCCAGACUACGAAACAAAUACACCCUGAUAGACAAAAGUGACUUUGCAGCCAUUACUGCUGCUCAGAAGGCAGGCCUGGUUGAUGCAGAGGGCCAUCUAGUGGGGGAAGUGGAUGGACAGGGCUUUGGGAUUGGAGUUGUUCCUUUAUCCAAACCCGGCGGGAAGAAAGUUAAAGCCAGGAAAGCCAAAGAGCAGCUUAGCCCCACUACCAGGAAGGAAGGAUUAGGAAGCCCUGUUUUGGGGAAAGAUCUGGAUUCUGUUUCCCCAUCAAGGAGUCAGCUGGUAAGUUCCACAAAGGAUUUGGAUGUGAAGGAGGGACUACUACGGGAGCAGGAUGCAGCUAGUAUUGAAACACAUCGCUCAGAGUCAGUGCCCAAGGAGGAGUCCCACCGACCGAGUUCCCCUCCCUCUAAGCUGGUGGCAUUUGAGGAGUUUAAAAACGAGCGAGGGAGUGAGAUCAACCGGAUCUUUAAGGAGAACAAAGCCAUCCUCAGCGACAGGAAGAAGAAAGCGAGCGAGAUCACCCGCAGACUGAAUCUAAUAAAACAGGAGAUGGACAUCACCAAAGAGGCCCUCGGGGCCCAGAAGAAGGAGAGGGAGGAGCAGGGGGAGUAUGUGAAUGAGGAAGGACAGAUCAUAAUUGACGAGGAGGAAUUUUUACUGGUCAUGAAACUUAAGGAUCUGAAGAAACAGUACAGGUCUGAUUUCGAUGAACUGCGGGACCUGAAAGCAGAAGUCCAAUACUGUCAGCAUCUGGUGGAUCAGUGCCGCAACAGACUAAUCUCAGAAUUUGAAAUCUGGUACAAUGAGUCCUUCCUUAUCCCUGAGGAUGUGCAGGAAGCGAUAAAGCCUGGAGGCAACAUCAGACCUGGAAUGAUUCCCAUGAACAGAGUCCUGUGUCUGGAUGAAGAUGAGCAGGAGCGGUUUGACCGGCUGCAGGGGGAAGUGCUGCCAGCCUGUCCAGAUUCCACCUCUUUCUACAAUGCCAAAAUGAAGACUGAUCAGAAGCACAAGUACUUUAGAGCCAUGGCCGCCCUCCAGCAAAUGCGCAAGAAACCUGGACUCAUCACAGCUACGGUGAAGAACAAACCCCCAGCGGCGCUCCAUGUCAUAUAGCAGGUGCAGGGCAGAGCCAUUUGCGUUGUGUUCUAUACAAGGAAAUGGACAAAUUGACCUCAGAAAACUGUAAGCAUUGAUUUCCAUGGGAGACUUCUCAACAAAUAAAACUGGGCUAGUGACAAGCUGUUUUGGUUCACUAGAAUGAAGGUUAGUGCUAGCUAAGGUAGAGGAGUCAUCGGCCAGAGAGGAAGAUAAAACACACGUUGGUUAAUUGAACUAGGAGAACUUGUUUCCCUGACUGAAAAAUUCAACGCCUUUGCAUGGCAGGAGUGUGCAUGUUACAGGUGAGCUGCAGAGGAAAGAAACCAGAGCUUGUGCCUCUUUGUGACAGGUGAAAAGGCCUGAAGGGUUGUUCUCUUUCUCGUAUAUUUUAACAUUAGAAAUACCAGGAGUGGCCAGGCCAGGCCCCUGGUGGGGUGGCCCCCUUUGGAGGACCCAGAGAAUUCGGAGCUUGUCAGAAUCUUACCCCCCACUCCAGCCCCUUGAUGCCAGGUAAAGUGGCCAGAGUGACACAAAGGGGGUCUCAGCAUCUGUCUACGUUGCACACUGAGCCCGGGUCUGUGGGAACUGGGCUUCUAGUGUUUCCAAGCCCAUGUGUGAGUAGCCCGCUGCAUUGCAAGCCUGGGGUUACGGUUACUGGACCAGGUCUCCCAGCGGUGCUAACACGUCCGUACUGUGCUACGCUGACCUUCUGACUCAGGUCUGCGGCUUGAGAUACAUCCACGCUGCAUAACAACAGGGCUGGGACCCAAGUCACAGCAGGACUCGGGCUCUGCUAGCAGGGUCCUAGGAGCUGAGUGCCUGCUGACCUGAGUCAGACUCAUUUGGGGAGGGGCUUGAGCUCAAACCUGAGUCAGAGCCCGGGCUUAGUGUGCAGUGUAGGUAUACCCUAAAAGCCCUCAAUCCAGCCAAUGGAGAAGCUUUGUGAAAGAACGGAAGAAUGCAGCCACAGGUGGUCCUAUGAGGACCCCCUUCCUCUUGAUCUUGAGGGCACAAUAUUAAGGGAGAAGAAAGAGUCAAAAUCUAACAACCUAGUGCUGCUGGGGCACCUUCAGCUAGUACUAGGCAGAUAUCAUGUUGGGCCAGGGUUUUAAACAAUCUUUUGACUUUGUGCACAAUUGCUUCUUGGUACAGCUAGUUCUAGGGCCUGCUCUCAGUUUAGUGCUGAAUACAUAAGAAUGGCCAUACUAGGUCAGACCAAAGGUCCAUCAAGCCCAGUAUCCCAUCUUCUGACAGUGGCCAGGGCCAGGUGCCCCAGAGGGAAUGAACAGAACAGGGAAUCAUCAAGUGAUCCAUCCCCUGUUACUCAUUCCUAGCUUCUGGCAAACAGAGACUAGGGACACCAUCCCUGGCAAACAGCAAUUGAUGACCCUAUCCUCCAUGAUCUAGUUCCUUUUUGAACCCUGUUAUCGUCUUGGCCUUGACAACAUCAAAUAGCAGAGUCCUUGGAAAACCUGCAGGAGGCGCUCUGUCAGAUGCCCCAAUGGAAGGGUGAGGGUUGCCCCUGCCUGUCCCCAGACAUUGCCUAUGUAAUAUGUCCAAGGCUUUAGCCUCGUUAAGGAACAUCUGAGGUCCUGUCUACAGGCCAAAUUGCAACCACAUUGUAACUGCGUCUCCUGCCUGGUUGUACAAGUGGAGAUGAGUCAGGUCUUUACUCAUGUGUAGUCUUCUCCCUGAAUAAAUCUGCUCUGGGUUUUGUUCAGCCCUCUAA